AGAAAUGGAAGGAUGUAUGCAACGACUGCAUUGCCUCCUCACCUUUCCGAUUCUAACAGACGAAUCAUCGACGCUUCCUCUUCCCCUCCCCUCCGCCUUUAUCAAGUUUGGAGAGGAAGCAAUAAAUUCUACCUUGGCGGUAGACUUAUAUUUGGUCCAGAUGUGAGGUCGCUCUUCCUCACAGUAUCCCUAAUUGUUGCUCCAGUUAUCAUGUUUUGUGCCGGUGUUUCUCAAGGCCUUAUUCGUGGAUUCCAGCAUCCUAGAGGCGAGCUUAUUGUAGUUAUAUGUGCAGUCUUCACAGCAUAUGAUAUUAUUCUUCUUUUCCUUGCAUCUGGAAGGGAUCCUGGCAUUAUUCCUCGUAAUUUUCAUCCUCCAGAAUCUGAAGAUGAUGGUUCAAAUAUUUCUGCAGAGUGGCUGGGAAGUCAGAGUAGUGGUCCUCCAACUUUACCACCAACAAAGGAUGUUAUGGUCAAUGGGGUUGUGGUCAGAGUCAAAUAUUGCCAAACAUGCAUGUUAUAUCGGCCCCCACGAUGCUCUCAUUGCUCUAUAUGUAAUAACUGUGUCGAACGUUUUGAUCACCAUUGCCCAUGGGUGGGACAAUGUAUUGGGAGGUAUGUUGCUGUUUAUAAUCGUUUUUUUUUCCUACUCUUUUCUUAUGUAUUGCUCUUAUAUCUGUAUGCAAAGAAUGCUAGUUAUAGGGAAACCUGUGACUAA